UGAAAUUCUUCCAUCGUACGUUUGGUCCUACGAAACUUUCGAGGCAGCAGUAUAAAAGCGAUCGGUUAUACGAUAUUCGAUAUCAGUGAAUCUUCAGCUGUUUCAUUGUGAUACAUUCGUAACGAUGGCAUUCAAGCUUGUACUGUUGGCAGCCGUAGCCGUAGUGGCCAAAGCGGGCGUAGCCCCAGUCGCCGUUGCUGGUCCAGCCGUUGUCGCCAAAUUAUCGGACGAUACUUUCGACCCCAACCCCCAAUACUCCUUCGCCUACGACGUCCAAGACACCCUGACUGGAGACUUCAAAAAUCAGGUUGAAAGCAGAAGCGGCAACAUCGUUCAAGGACAAUACUCUCUCGUGGAACCCGAUGGCACCCGCCGUAUUGUUGACUACACCGCCGAUCCAAUCAACGGUUUCAACGCAGUCGUCAGUAAAUACCCACUCGGCGCUGUGGUGGCCAAAGCCGCUCCUGUCGUAGCCGCCCCUGUUGCCGCCAAAGUAGUCGCUCCUGCUCCUGCUGCUCCAGUCGUGACUGCCGCCAGGUUUGCCCCCGCUCCAGUAGUGGCCGCUCCUGUUGCCGCGAAGGUGGCCGGUAUUCCAGCUCCUGUAGUGGCAGGUCCGGCUCUGGCCCGUUUUGCCUCUCCCUACUAUGCCCCAGCGCAAUACGCAGUUGCAGCACCCUUGAGUUAUCCAGCUGGAUUAGCGAGGGUGGCAGCUCCCUUGACCUAUGCCGCGUUCUAAUUUGAAGAUUUCUCUAUUUUAUCCGGUUGUAAAUAUUGUAAAUUGUCAGUUUUUCAUACCGAACAAUAAAUGUUC